GCAAGUAAUGACAUUGAAGUCGAGGUUAGUAUUUCAUGCUGUUAAAAAUGUUAUAUUUGUUAAAUCCAUUAUGAAUAAAUUUUGUCUGCAAUAACUGAUUUAACUUUUUUGUUUUUCUCACCAGCCAAAGAGGCGAUCCACGAGGUUGUCAUCAGUAAGUUUACUAUAUAUUAUAAUAUUUGUUGUAUAGCCUAUUUAUGAUGUUUUCUAUGAAUAGAUGGUAUUGUGUAUUUGUAAUUUGACUAAUUAUCUAAUAUUCAUUACAUUGCAGAAACCUACUACUCCAGCUAAACCAGAGCCUAAGGCAAAGGCAAAGGUAAAAACAAAUGUUGUAAUUGUCAGCUUUUGCUGAAACCAAAAACUACUCAAUUAUUAUACAUACUAUGCAUUUGUACAUUGACAUGUAUCUCAUGUUUGUCUGUUUCUUGUAGACACCAGUCAAGGCAGCAGCCAAGCCCAAAAAGGUAAAGGAGGCAGUAGAGAAGGCCAAGCCUGAGGAGAAGACAGAAGAGCCUGAGGAAGAAGAAGCAGCACCGGCAGAAAACGGAGAGGCCAAAGCUGAGGAGGUAAGACUUGUUGGCUUAGUUUCAAUUAUACAAUAUGCCAUGCCACUGAGAUAUAUAAUUCAAAAUCAGGAGUAUUAGGUAUUACAAAUAGACCAACUAUUAUAAUUGCCAUUGACAGCUUGUUUGUCCCCAACACACACAAAUAUUGUGUAACCAACAAGACCUAAAAUAACUAUCCUAUAAUAUGAGAAUGUUUUUUUUUUUCAUCCUCCAGGAGGCAGCAGAAGAGGCAGAUGCUGAUGCAGAUGAGCCUGAGAAAGAGGAGGAUGAGGCAGAAUAACAUCCUUACCCUUUUGCCAGUGCUCCCUGUACCUCCUUUCUUGUACAAUGCAGAGGAAUAUUUUUAUCAACUAUUUUCUUAAGAAAAAGCAGGUUGUGUAGUAGUAAGAUUGUAGAAACACUUUUUUUUACACCUCUGGAAGAAAAGUUAUGGUCAUUGUGUGUUUCCCUUUUCUUUUGUGGUCUGGGGCAGAUGUCAGAGAGGGGCGGGGGGCGGCAGGUUUGCAGCAAUGACAUGCAAUCAAGCCAAUAUCAGGAAUUUGUUAUUCAACUGGGAGAGCUUGUAUGACACUAACAUUCCAUAGGCUUUAUGAGGGACAGUUUAUUUAACCUGUAUUGUACGGGGAAGGGUUGGGGGGUUUAUACACAAUAACACUUGUUUUAUUUUUGUUUAUAAUUUGUAGGAAGGUGGUGACUGUUUAAGCUGUGCUCUAUGAAUAUUAACUGUUUUAUGAAUCCACAGUAAUGGUUCAUCAUCAUCCUCCCUAGUACAUGUACUGGAUUUUUCAUCAGGCCUGUGCAUUAUGUUAAAUGUUUUUUGUCUCUGUUCGGUGAUGGCAUUGCAAUAACAUUUGAUAUAGCUGCUGUGAAACUAAGGUUUUUUCAUAAUUUCGAUGCAGUAUGUAGGUACGUUGUGAGGAUGGUUCAUGUGUUUUUAGCCAAGCUAAUAACAUGAAAUGCAUUACAGUGUUAAACAUACUGGUUGUAGUUAAUCCUUUUGAGGAUACUGAUAAACAUGACUGUACUUUCACUUAAUCUUUCAAGUGAACAUAGCAGCUGUAGCAAGAUUUACAUUUGGUUUUAGGAUUUUAUGUACAGUUUCUCUCCUUUUUUUGUAGCUGUAUCUGUUAUGAUUGGUAUAAACAUGCCAAUUGAAUUAAAAUGGUUGCAAUUUCUCUUUGUUUUCUCUGUUCUCUUAUUGAUCACACGUGAAAUAAAAACUGUAAACGCAUGAUAUUCCUUAUUCACAGACACUGUAUUGAUUAAAUACUCUGUAAUAUCUCUCUUAUA